AUGAAUGCGCUGGAAAGGAAGCUGAAGCUGCUCAAUUACAACCCCGUGGAGAUAGCAACGGACGAGUUCUACUAUAUGAUAUUAAAAUUGGAAGAAGAGAAAAUCCGCCUGUACAAACCAAAGGAGAGGGAAAAAAUUAACUACACCAAGGAGAAGAACUACAUCGAGCAUAUUUUGAAAUACCUAGAAAAGCUAAACAUCAAUGUGCGCAAUGUUAACAAGACGAAUAUGCACGAGGUGGGUGUCAGGACGUACAUCCUGAACAGCCUAACCACGCUGGCUUUGAUCGAUGAGUAUAAGGACCUCGUGGGCUACGACGAGGGUUGCGGAGAGCAGCGGGAUGAGCAGCAUGAUGAGCAGCGCGGGGAUGGGGUAAACGGCCGCCCUGACAAUCACGUGGGAAACUCCCAACACACCGCGAACUACAACGCCCCCCUGUCGAACCAAAGCAUAAUCACAAACUUCUUCGAAUUGAAUUACCUGAAUCAAGCCGAGCUGGAAGAGCAGUGGAAGCGAAGAGACAAUCUCAGAGUGAUAAACGAACAGAUUAACGAAAUAUUUAAGAAGUGUAAAAUCCCUUUACUCGUGUGUAACGACCAGGAUGACACCAAGUGGAUGUGCCUCAUCCUAUCGGCGCUACAAGCAAUUAAGGAGAAAUUGAAAAAAAAAAAAAAAACGAAUAACCCGCAUUACGAAAGCUUGUUUAAUUUUAACAUAAAGUUAACCAACACCGAUUUGAAGGACUUUGCUUACAUCACGAGGUAUUUGCUUAACAGUGUGCUGAGGGAGAGGAAGGCCCACCUAAAGGGGGUGCUCAACGAUAUCCAGAUGUUAACGUACAACCCGGUUAUAGACAUACGACAGGGAAAAGUGGGCAGGUGA